AAAAAAAUCUGCCGUCCUGGGUAAAAUACGCUUAAUAAUUUCAUUUGAAAAUGGAUGCAUUUUUCGGCAGUUGGACAGUGGUCGCUAGGGAAAAUAUCAAUGAAUACAUGGAAGCACUCGGCAUGCCACCUGCGAUGAGAGAGUAUUUGUGGAACAUGAAGUCAGGGGUUAUAUUUUCACAAGAUGGAGAUGAUAUAAUCAUGAAAAUUAAAAUGUACGAGGCCAGCAACAGAUGUUUCACACUCACAUUCAAACUGGGUCAGGAAUUCGACGAAAGCACCUUAGACUUCAGAGUCUGCAAAUCUGUUUGGAACUUGGAAGGAGGUAAACUUGUACAUCUGCAGAAGUGGGAUGAUAAAGAGAACACAUCCAUUUAUGAAAUCCAGGACGGGAAACUGAUUUUAACUUUAAAAUUUGGGGAUAUUGUAUCUGUGUGCACUUAUGAGAGGAUCUAAUGACCUACCAGAAGGAGGAACGACAUCUAUGAAGAUGAAGCUAAAAAUUAAUUAUUCAUCCAUAUGUCCUGACACUUGGGCUGGAAACAGUUAAUGAAAAUCUGCAAAAUCUAAAUUCAAUAAAGA